UGCGAUAUAUUAUCAUCUUGUCUUUUUUUAGUACAGGGUAUGCAAUCGUACGCCCAAUGGGAAAAAUGUUAUGUCUUUUUGCCCGGGUUGCUCCAAAAGCUUUCAGCGAUACGACAGCCAUAUCAACUCUCCAAACGUUCACUCUGACAUGAACAAAAAGGCGAUCGUUGCGUAUCAAAAAGCCCACUACACGCGCCAAAUGAGGGGGCCUAUCCACAUGGAUUCCCUGAUUGCUGACCUAAUGCAAGUAAAGCAUGACAAAGGCAAAAUGAAAGCCAUUUUGGACAAUGUGUUCACUUUGCUCGGGGUCGGUCAAGAUGACGAUCCAAAAAAGUGCAUCGUUCUGCAUGACGCUAAAACGUGCUUUCUGAAAGAAUGGGUGCCACCUGCCGAUGAAGUUAAUGCACUGGAUGUAAGGGUGCAUGUGAUUGAUGAGGAGACCAUUGAAGACGACCGAGAAGAUGAAGAGAGUGUCACAGAAGAAGAAAACAGAGAAGAUGAUGCUGAUGGAGGUGACAUUCUACAAGGAUAUGAGACACGUUACAACUGUUUCCUUGAUGGAGAUACGUUCGUCCAAAAGUUUCAAUUGAAAGGCAAGUCGCGGUCAACGUUGUCCAAUCGUAUACUUCGAAUGGAUCUUAAAGACUGCAGUGGUGCCUUGCUCAUCAUUUUCAAUAACUUGACUCUUUCGGUGUCUGGACGUGCCCGCCUUAUUCGCGUACACGUCGAAGCGCGCGACGCAUUUGAGACAUUACGUCUCCUUAUCGUGACGGAUGCACGAUCGAGUGUCAAGUGGUUCUGACACCAAGGCGCAUUCAAGCGGAAGACCGGUGCAGGUGGUUGUUACUCAUGGUGCGGUUCGAGCGCCACAGCCAUCGAAACGAACUUGUUCGUAUUCAAUGACUUGGGUCUUGAACUAAACCAUGGAACUCGACUGUCUGCGCAGGUCUUCCACUCAGAUGCAGAUUGACGAGACUUUGCGUUCUGGUCAUUGUAACUAAUGUCACACUGAACACCGAGCAGCUCUGAUACCAGUAUGUCUAGCUAGUUAAUUAGAGUUCUGUACGGUAUGUUUAAAAUGUACGUUUAAACUUAGAGUUAAAUUUUUCGCAUGUAACUAAUGAAAUUUGAAUGAAUAAACUUGGUAUAAAAAGA